AUGACUUCAAAGAUUCCACUUUCGUCAUUCUCUAUACCACCACCUACGCAACUACUGAACCACAACUUGACGGCAGAUCUCAAGACACCCUCUCCAAUUGCUUUUCGUAAAGUCCUCGCCGAAUCACCCAGUAUCCAGCGCCGGGCCAGGCUAGUUGACAGUCAAGCCCACUUUUCCUACGUCUCUCCGUUUCCUCUGUCAUUUCCGUAUGAGAUUGAACCGGAUCCAUCGGAUACCAUCACCGACAAGGCUGCUGUCGUUGAAAAAUGGCUCUCCCGUAGAGAAGCUAUUCAGGAGGUUCCGUUACAGAGCAAUACAGCUUUAAAGAAGUAUAUCCCCGGGAAUAGGGAGCAGACUAGAACGCUUAUUGGCCUCUCGGAGACGGGUAUAAGAGACUGUGUUCCACAACUAGACGUCGGAGACGCGUUUAAUCUUCUAGGGAGACCUGCCUUGGCGGUCAGCCAGGAGAAUGAUUUACAGUCCGAGACGUCUCCUGCGUCUGACUCGGACGUAUCAGCAAGAAAGAAUCUUGUAGAUAUUUUAGGUGGACAUGCUGUUCUUAUGUCGGAUGAUUUUGCUCCUUGGUCACUUCGCUAUAGUGGACACCAAUUUGGCACUUGGGCCGGUCAGCUGGGUGACGGACGUGCGGUGACUAUUUUGGUAGCCCAGCACCCUGACGACCCAUCGCUCAUGUACGAGCUCCAAUUAAAGGGUGCCGGACGCACUCCGUAUUCCCGUAGCGCAGAUGGUCUUGCUGUCGUGCGUUCAUCCAUUCGCGAGUUCCUCUGCUCCGAGGCAAUGCAAGCACUUUCCAUUCCUACGUCGCGAUCCCUCGCGCUUAUUUCUCUUCCCGAUGUGCCGGUCUAUCGGGAACGAAAGGAAUCUGCAUGUAUCUUAACACGCAUGGCUCCUUCAUUCCUUCGCAUUGGAUCAUUCGAGGCGCUGAACGGUCCACAGAAUAUCAUGUUUUUUGGCGGAGGACAGCAACCGCCGAAUUAUGAAGCAUUGAGGAUUCUUGGAGAGUGGGUUAGUAAGAGUGUCUUGAGGCUUGAGUUGGAAGAUGGAGAAGCUUGGGGGAAGAAGUUGGUUCUUGAUGUGGCUGAACGCAAUGCGAAGAUGGUAGCCUCAUGGCAAGCUUAUGGUGUUUCGGUCUUGGGGUUGUCUAUCGACUAUGGUCCUUAUGCUUUCAUGGACAUCUUUGACCCAUUCCACAUCUGCAACCAUACGGAUAGCGAAGGUCGUUAUUCCUACAAAGUGAGUUCCCUUCUCAUCUACGCUCUCCGUGCUCUCUUGAACGCGCUUGCACCACUAAUUGGCGCUGAGCAGUCCUCAAGUCCUCCCAAGGCUGUCUCUCCAGGCUGGUCCGAAGUAUCGAAAGAUCAAAUCGCUGCAUGGAAAGAGCAGGGCAUUAACGCCACUGUCAUAUCUGAAGAAUAUGUCCGGUUCAUGCGCAAGACUGAGUCCGACGAGAGAUUAUGGAGGACCAGGCUUCUUGACUUUCACGGGACGUUUAGGGCACUGAGUUCAGGAAGGACUGGGAAGGACUGGGUAGGGACGUAUGAGGCUCGGGUUGAGAGUGAGAAGGAUGAGUGGUCCAGUCGGGCAGAGAGGCUGGAAGAGAUGAAAAAGGCAAACCCGAGGUUUGUUCUGAGGCAGUGGGUGUUGGAGGAGGUUAUUGCAAAGGUGGAGAAGGACCCUGAUAUGGGAAAGAGAGUAAUGGCGAAGGUUUUACAGAUGGCAUGCAGUCCGUUUGACCCCUGGGGCGCAGAAGACGACCCGCGACCAGAUGAAGAGCUCAGUGCCGAAGAACGGGAAGAACGAAGAUACUGUGGUCUAGGAGACAAGAGCAUGCUCGGGUUCCAGUGCAGUUGUUCAAGUUAA